GGAAAAAGAGAGUAAGCGUAUACAGAGAUUUAAAGCAGCAGCAAACCAGACAAGAGUGAAAAAGACUAUUUUUAAAUAGUCGCUUGAAUCACCGAUAUGGAUAUGAACUAUUUUAAAAUGCACCGAGGAACAGAUGAAAUCUGGACCUGAAAUAGACAUUGGAGGUGUGCAGUGAUGGCAGGUGUCAGCUGGUCCUAUGCGUGGUGGCUCGGAAGCGGAGGGCUCCUGUUCUUAUGGCUUUCCAUAUCCGUCCCUUCGUGCCUCCUGCAGUCCCCACCCUCUCUCUCCCUCCCAGUCCAAAUGUCAAUCUCUCCUGCUCCCUGGCAGAUCUUCCCUCUAUCCCAGGCAGAUCUAGGUACUCUUUUCUCCAACUCCAGCCCCUUCUCCUUCUCCCAGAGUCUUUUCACGGUGUCUCCGUCUCACCAGUCCUCCAAACCAAGGCUCCAGGCUUCAUUUGGCUCUCACUCAGCAACGCAGCUCUUAUCAGAGUCUGUCCUUCCUUUACCUCCCCCUCUGUCUGCGUCCGUCCUCUCAGACAAUGUGGAGAGAGAGAGGGACGAGCACGGGCACGAGAGGUUCAGGGUGAGAGCCCUCUUCCACAAGAGAGGCAGCGUCGAUACUGGAGGGACCUGCAUCACCCUGCAUGCUUUCAAGGAUACAAAGGAGCACAAGUCCUCCUGUAUCACACAGCCUCCUUUAGGACUGUGUGUGGUUACUUUGACGCUACCUAGCGACUGGUUUGAGAACCAACACACCAACCACUCACAUCUGGAUCUGAAUGUUCAGCCUAGUCGUCGGGUGCAGAAGCAGCACCGGGGCCGGCGUCACAACGGCCACUUUGUCAACCGUCAGCGGAGAUCUUCUCUGUCUCUGAGAUACCGUCCAGGUGUUGAUGGAGAAGCUCCAAAGGACACUCUACGAGCUCCCACAUACCAGAGGGUCCCUAUGAAAAACCAAAUACAACUUUAUUACUCUUCCUUCGACGCGGUGACUGACCUAAAGCUGACACCACCAGGAUGUGUAGAAGGCAGAGCAUCUGAGUCCCAGAGGCAGCUCUUCCAUAUUAAAGCAGUGACACUGAAGGAGGAGCAGGAGGACAUGGGAAGAGAGGAGAGCAGGACAGAAGACGCCUGUUCGAAUGGACUUGAGGAGGAGCUCAGGGUGGAUUCCCAUGUUGUGAUUCGCUACCACAGCGGGCCGGUGCUGAUAGGGCAGCCGGCCAAAGUGUCUGUGAACCUGAGAGCCAAUUUCAGCGGGGAGUAUGUUGUCAUCAGGCUGAAGGUGAAGAAGGGUUUGGUGUCCAUGGUGGUCCAGAGAACUAGAACGUCUGACCUGUGGGCGGUCACCUUGGAGAAAAGUCAAGGCUCCAAACACGACGUGGUGUCCAUCUUCUGCCAAAAACACAGCCCGAUAAAGACAUCUCAAAAUCCAACUGUCCUCCAGCAGGUGGUAUGUCUGUCAGUCGACGGCCUGAGGCAGAGCUUUGGCGUUGCCAUGACAGUGACGGCUAAGUGGUGGGUGGAGUACUCUGGACGUGGUAACCCCCUGUCAUCACAUGGGACAGCUGAGACAGUCUUCUCAUUCUCCGAUCGACAUAUCUUUGGCAUUGUACCCAUCACAGAGAGUAACACAAUUAUCAACACGGCCAUACUAACCAACCAGCCGGUGUCACUUCCUGUCAUUGUGUUGGCUGUGAGCCACGAUGAGAUGGUGUCAGAUGUUACGUCUGCGGUCACUUGUCACUCCACCAGUGAGAACACUGUCAAGGUCUCCACUGAUUGCUCCACCCUCUUUGUUGAUGGCGGUGAAUCCAGACUGGGCAACACCUGUGCAGUGGUGGAGUUCUCAUUGGGAAGGUUUAGAGGGUCUGUGUGUCUGGAGGUAUGGGCUCCAACUAUGCCCCUGCGAAUGUCUUUGGAAGACCCCGUUCUCAAUGCUAUCGAUGGCUGGAACCUUUUUACUGAGGAUGGGUGUGUGCCGGUGUACCAGCGCUCCUCAGUCCAUGUUCUAACUCAGUUCACAGCUCAGGACACCCACGGCAGAACCACACACCUGCUGGGCUCUGUGGAUUGGUUCAUGGAUGUGACAGAUCUUGUCAGUAACUGUCUGAGAGUGGAGGAUCCCCAGGUGGCAUCCCUCGGCCCCCAGAACAUCGUGAUUGGUUUGCGACCGGGAAAGACAUCCUUGCACGUCGUCUCUGAGCAGUGGGAUGGAGUCCUGGGCCGAUGUGAUAUCACUGUGACCUCUGAUGCCGUUACUCCAGGUGACCUGUCUGUACAGGUGGUCAGUGGCCUCGGCAUGUCGGUGAUGACCAGCCCCGCCCACUCCUCCGUUAUCACAACAACAGUGACAGCAUACAACAUCCUGUACAAUCUUCACCAGGAAGCCUCCAUCAGCGUCUGGCUCCAGUUCAGUGAUGACACUGCCUCGCUCCUCUCCUCCUUCGGCGACCUGCCCUUUUCUCUGCAUCUCUCCUCAUUGGCUGAGAGCGUCGUCAUGGUGACACCGAGCCCCAGCCAGCGCAUCUUCGCCCAAGGCGACGGAGGCGGGCCUUUACUGCAAGCAGAGCUUGUGGUUUCUACCUGUGCUGACCAGCUCAUCGCGUCCAACUCUAUCAGAAAGGCCGACGGCGAGUGGACCGACUCCGAAGGUGGAAGACGCACCACAAGGCUGGCGAGGGGAUCCGGGUGGAUAAGAGUGAACCUAGACCUGGGCUUGGGCUUCCUGCACCCGAUAGAGAGGAAGUAUGAGGAGGACGAAGGGUUCGAGUUCGAUAUUUCAGACAUGUUGGUUGAUUCAGACAGUGUCAUGUACUCGUCAAACAAGGAUGAGAGUAGGAAUGCGAGCGGUGGAAGUGACUACUAUGAGAAAACCAGGAUGACAAGCAGAAAGUGGAACGAGGGCGCUGGAGGGAUGGUCAGUAGGAACACUCUGGAAAGAGCUGUGCUGAUGCCCAGCCUGGAGGAGGGCACUGUGUACCUCUCCCCAGGCAAUGAGAAAGGCAGGCGGAGGGAGAAGGAGGAGGAGAGGGCUGGAUGGGGAGAUCACGAUUUGGAGAUCGGCAUGGGCGUUGUACUCUCUCUGCUCUGUCUCUCUGUCGUCCUCUUCCUGGCAAACUGUCUCCCCUGCGCCCUGCAAGACAAGAGGAGGACAAGAACAGUGGAGAAGAGGGAAGGAGAGCUGGAGGGAGGUGUGGUGAAAGAGGAGGAGAUAGAAAGGGAAGAGGUAGAGGACUGGAAAGAAGAGGCGAUGAAUGCAACUAAAGGCAAGCUAACGAUGAAGGAGGAGAGCAGUACAAGUAUCAAAGAAUCAGAGAUCAUUUGCUAAAUUUCAGCGGGUGCAAAAAUAAAACACAAAGCUGCAUUUGAAUCCAGUUUUGCUCAUCAGACUCUGACAGAGCAGUCGUACUGAUAUAUGUCCGAUGCUCUUUCUGCCAUUGGAUCAGAGUGUAGUAAACUCAAACUAUGGUAUAUUGUUGGGGGAAAAAAAUAUUUUAUAUGAUUCUUUUAAGUAUGAGAUGUGGAUUCAGUAAGGCCUUUUCCUGUUUCAGAGUUAGGGAGAAAAAAGAAUCCAAAUGAAAUGUAGUUGCUUUUCCUUUUUCUUUUAGUCAUAGCCCCUUUCUCCCACACAGUACCUAUUGACAGUAUAAAGAGACAUCAAGUCACACGUUGACCUGGCCUCCAAAUUGAUCCACAGAGGCCCCUCCACUCAACCCACAGGACCCAAAGACCCCUACUAACAAGAUUUUGUUACCAGACACAAAAGGACACCCUCAGAAGGUCCAUGUCCAUUCUAUGAUGUCACAACUGUUUCGGAGGCACAAGUGAGACCUACACCAUAUUAGGAAGGUGGUCAUAAUGUUAUGCUUGAUCGAUGUGCUUUGUCUGUGGACACUAUUUCCUUUUCCUAUGUGCAAGCAUGAGUCGUUGAUUAGAAACACUGACUUGUGAGUGACAUGAAAAGUCAAGAUGGUGCCAUUAGGAGAGUUUAUACCUAAAGCUUUUUAACAUUCAGACGGCUUUGAGGAUCUGACCCUUUUUUCUCCUGUCUAUGUUAUUUUUGAUUGGCUUAUCUUGACAGUGUGUGUGUGUUGGUUAAUUCCUCUGGAAAAACCACUAUAACGACCUCUUGCUGUCAGUUUAAGCUAUUUUUUCAAAUAUGUUUUGGAAUAUAGAGAUUCAUGCGCAUGGACCUUGUGUGAUCAGUCAAACUUGGCCAACGUCCCAGAAAAGGAUGAUUUUCAACAGUUUCACACCAUUAUAACAGUUUUAACAGAAUUAAUGUGACCGGUUGGUCUACAGAUGGGAGGAGUCGUGGUUUAGACUUAACUCUCCCAUCGUUGGUGGACGGUCGGUCCCGACCCCUGGCCACUUGGGUCCUCCAGUCCCCUGGGACAGCGCCCUAGAGAGAGGAGAAAGUCCUUCCUUACGCUCACACAAACACGUACAUCCUCCCAUCCACAAUCAGUCUGCUUUCAAACAACCUCUCUAUUGUUCCCUGUUAUGUCUCACAUGCUCUGUGUGAAUCCCUUUCCUUACGUCAAGGUCAGCUACAUGUUUGUGACGCCUCAUACGAGGCCCUCAGGCAAGUAUCCUAUACAAAUGAUACUUCCGACCUCACCACUGUCAUGAGACUUCUUUCUUGUUGGAUACAUGUCAUGAGGUUUCUUUCUUGUGUGUUUAAAGUGUCAGUAGUGUUAAUAUCCUCACUUCCAAAUAAUAAUCUAAGAAAUCUAAACCAAUUAGCUCACAUCUAGAUGAAAAUAAUGAAAAUAAUCCCACCAAUAGUGUUUCUUUAGAUAAAUGUGUUUGUGUUAUUUUGUCCUUUGUCCACACUGAAGUUCCAACUACUUACAGAUUUGUAAAUAAUGCUGUGAAUAAAUACCCAGGUGGUUAAAUUUCA